CCCACAAAUAAACACACUGAAUUAUUGUGAACGAUCGAUUUCUCUCGAAGGGAAAAAAACCCGCGGUCAAGCUUCAUUUCAACAACCGUCAACCCCGAAGUCCAACCCCCACCACCAACACCAAAAGAUCAUUCACAAUGCCUCCCAAGAAGACCACCCGUCCCGCUCAGGAGAACAUCUCCCUCGGACCUCAGGUCCGUGAAGGUGAGCUCGUCUUUGGCGUUGCCCGUAUCUUCGCCUCUUUCAACGACACUUUCGUCCAUGUCACCGAUCUCAGUGGCCGCGAAACCAUCACCCGAGUUACUGGUGGUAUGAAGGUCAAGGCCGACCGUGACGAGUCCUCCCCCUACGCCGCCAUGUUGGCAGCUCAGGACGUCGCCGCCCGCUGCAAGGAGCUCGGCAUCAACGCCCUCCACAUCAAGAUCCGUGCCACCGGUGGUAACGGUACCAAGACUCCCGGCCCCGGUGCCCAGUCUGCUCUCCGUGCUCUUGCCCGUUCCGGCAUGAAGAUCGGCCGUAUCGAGGAUGUGACCCCCACUCCCUCCGACAGCACCCGCAGAAAGGGUGGUCGCCGUGGUCGUCGUCUGUGAUCGCGCCAUAUUUACCUAUAUAUCAACCGGCUGCGGCUGGUGGUUUUGGGGGGCGAUCCAGAAGCAAUGAUCGGCGGAAUCAAGGGUUGGCACGAGGACUUCUUCAUCUCUGUGGCGUUGACAAUUACGAGGAGAACGGCGUGCAUCUAGAAAGGAAUAAGACAUGCCUGGUCUCCAUGAUACUUCGGGUAGCUAUGCUUAUUGUCACAUGAUGCCUUUUGGCACGGCUACAGAAAUGAGAAAACAUUGAUCCAACUAAAAUCCUACUCUUAUAUCAUCUCCCUACGUGAUUUAUUAAAACUCGCAUAGCAUUGUCACGAAAAGCUCGU